AUGCUGGUGGCUGGCUGCAUCGCGGCCACCAUCGCGCUGCUGGCCAAUGCCACGCUGAGCCUGGAGGCAGGCCAGCGCUGGCGCGCCGCGCUGUGGGGUGGCUAUGCGAUGGCAGGCGUGGGCGUGCUCGCCAAGGGGCUCAUCGGCGUGGUGUUGCCGGCCUUGGUGCUGCUGGCGUGGUUGCUGGCCACGCGCCGGUUGCGGCUGCUGCCGCGGCUGCUGUCGUUGCCCGGGCUUGCGCUGCUGGCGUUGAUCGCGACGCCGUGGUUCGUGAUCAUGCAGCAGCGCUAUGACGGCUUCUUCGACUACUUCUUCAUCGUGCAGCACGUGAAGCGUUUUGCGGCCGGCGGCUUCAACAACGUGCAGCCAGUUUGGUUCUACCCGGCGCUACUUCUGGUGGCGUUCCUACCUUGGGCGGCAUGGCUGUGGCGCCGAGCGCCCUCAGCAGCGCCUGCUGGUGACGCGGCUACAUCACUGCGCCUGCUGAUGAUGCUGUGGGCCGCCGUAGUGGUGGUUUUCUUCUCUUUGCCGCAGUCCAAGCUGAUUGGCUACGUGCUGCCCGCGGUGCCACCGCUUGCCUGGCUGGCGGCGUACGGGCUCACGGCCAGCGGGCGUUGGCCACGGGGUUGGCAGAUGGUCACACUGUCGGCUGCGCUGAUUGGGCCUGGCGUGGCCAUCGGCCUGAGCACGCGCCCUACGCACACAACCCGCUCGUUGGCGCUAGUUCUGCGCGAUGCUCGCCAGCCCAGCGAGCCUGUCGUGAUGGUGGGCGGCUACGUGUACGACCUGCCGUUAUACGCGCGCCUGACCGAGCCUGCCUUGGUGGUGGACGACUGGGGCAGCGCGGCCAUCGACCAGCGAGACAACUGGCGCAAGGAGCUGGCAGACGCCGGCCGCUUCGCGCCCGCGCAGGCCGCACGGCAACUGGUGCGCCCCGAGGCUCUGGCUGGCAGGCUGUGCGCCGCGCCGCGUACCUGGGUGGUGGGUGACGUGAGCCAGGCAGCAAGCCAGCCGCUGCUGGCCCACGCGCCUGUUAUUGCCCAGACGGGCGCGCUGCGUCUGUGGCGGGUGGAGCCGGCUUGCGCGCAAACGCCCACAGCUUCCCCAGCCGGUAGGUGA